AGGAGAGUAGGGGAGGGGAAUAAAGAGCCCAGCAGGCAGGCGGAGGUGUGGGAGCAGGACGACACAACGGCUCGGAGGACGCUCACACGUGGAGGAACACCCGGAGCUCCACCGCCGCGGACGGACAUGUGAAGAAGACCCGAAGUUACGGCGACCUGUUGGCUGCGUUCACUUGUGGGCCUGGAGGAGGAGGAGGUGGAGGAGGAGGAGGAGGAGGUCACAGCAAUGCUCCUGGAGGAAGAGCCGAGGAGGUGACUUGUCCCAGCCCCCGGGGAGGAAGGAGCGCUGUCCUGCCGCCUUCUGUCACCGAGGAAGCGCACACCAGCAGCGGGGAGAGAGGCCGCGCCGGAGGGGGGGCGGCAGGCUCAUGGAGACCCAGCGGAGGGGGAGGUGGAGGACGCAGGCGGCGAGGAGCUCACUGCUGCUGUGUUUACUGACCGGUGGCAGCGACGCCCAGUGUGACGGCUGCAUAGAGUACUGCUGCGAUGGAACGCCACCCUUCUGCUGCUCCUACUACGCCUACGUCGGGGACGUCCUCUCAGGCACCGCCAUCUCCGGCAUCGUUUUCGGCGUGGUGUUCCUGAUGGGGGCGGUGGCGGCCCUGUUCCUGUGCGUGUGCAUGUGCAUGAAGAACGGGCGGGGAGCACGCGUCGGCGUCUUCAGCACCUCCUACAUCAACACUGUGAGCCAGGGCUACCCAGGUCCUCCACCUCCGUACACCUAUGACUACGAGAUGUACCCCCCGGCGAUGCACCCACCACCUUACACCCCGACUCAGCCCCGGCCGGCCAACUGCUCCCCCCCUCCUCCUUACCCGGGCUGCGCUCGCAAGUGAAUCCCCGGUGGCACAGAUCAUCCAUCAGCCAGCUCAAAGGAAACUCUCAUGGCCGGGCUCUCCACGGCCCUCUAAAAGCAGCGCUGUCACUAACAGGGUUAAAGACCGUUUAAGAGGCUCACAGAAAUCUCCAUAUUUUUCACGAGAAGGGUGGCCCAGUGCAAUAUUGUUCAGCAGGCCUGACUUUCCAGCGACAAGCCUGCAAGGGUGUAAAUGUCACUGCGUUUCUGCUGUCUGGACCCAAUGGUGGGGAAAUAAAUAACACUUAACACAAUGUUGGCAGGUAAACCACCCUGACACAUCCACAUUCUGAUGGACUCACCUGUUUCGCAGCCAUGCCAGCCCCGCAGCUGGUACUUUUUUUCCCCCCUCCACACACUAAUAACCAAUAUCCUUAGCUGGCCUCGGCUGCGCACAUCAAACGGACAGCGGCGCUUUGAUGCAGGUGAAGACCACUUUUGUCAGCGCAGAACAUGUGCCUCACCUCACCUCACACCACCGGAGGACACAAGUCUUUCCAGGACACAGUGGAGACUUUGUGAAAGUUAUCUAUUUGUUCCCCCCAACAAUUUCUUUUAAAACUUGAUGUAUGUCAGUGACUGAGGUCUGAUCUGAGGAUUAAAAUGAGUCAGGUCUGGACCCCUCAUUUGUAGACACAAUGACUUGAAUAUAAUGUGUAAUAACACUGACAUUAAAGGUGCAGUAUGUAGUUUUGGGGAAGAAACUUAAAUCAGAUUUAAUUGACUAAUUUCUUAUGCCUAAACAAACUAAAUUAACAAUCUCUUUGUUUUCAUGACUGAGCAAACUGAAUAAACAACCUACCGACGGAAUUUCAUACUGUACCGCUUAGUUUUUAUUUGGCGGACCCCGCCACUUCUAGACUCAAACUGAGAACAGCUUGUUUAUUCUGUUACAGAAAAAAAUAAUAUUUCUGAAUUUGAAUUAUCUACUCAUUAAUGUUGUAAAUCUGAAAAUUCUGCGUUUGGAUUUCUUCUCCAAAACUACAUAGUGCACCUUUUGGCAUGGAUGACUUGAAAGGACUGUGCUGUUGGUAGUGAACUGUUCUUAAUUGCCUUACUUGAAACUAUGAGUGUGAGCUGGGGGGGUCAUGUUCAUUUGAACCAAAGUGUAUUUUAUUAAAAUGUAAAAUAAAAAAAAUGUAUACCAUUUUAUUGCUUUUUUUUUUUUGCCAAAUUCAUAAAAAUGAUGUAGCAUCCAUGUGUUCAAUGGCAGUUUUAGGCUGAUUAAGACAAUUGAAAAAUGAACUGACCUCACAGUGCUGUGACUGAUUCAUGCUGAUGGAUGCCUCUGAUUGAUGGAAAAGACUUAACUGCUUA